UGAUAGUCAGCUUGCGGCAACAGGCCAGCUCGACUCGACUGCAGUCUGCAUCCUUGAAAGUCUGCAUUCUUGAAUAAUCUUUGCGAAUCGCAGUCAAACAAUGCCUCCAACCCAAGAGACGUUGGAGGUCAGGAGGCUCGUCCGCUCGUACAGCGACGAGGUCCAAGACAGGCUCCCGUCUUCACAGCUUGCGACGGUUCUUGCGGCGGAAGCAAGGGCAGAGGACCAAGACCCCCCUUUGCUGUACCCAGAGCACUGGAGAGCCUUUUUCGAACCUCCGUCGCACACUAGAACUAGUCAAGACAUCUCACCAAGCAAUCCACUCACCGAGCUCAUCUCGGUCGAGUCGGCAAAACUCCGCGAGAAAUGGACAAAGUUCCAAACCAACUGCCCGGUCCAAGACCGCCUGGCCCUCUCCCAGACCGAACCCACCAUGGACGGCGUGAUCGACACGGUGACGCAGCUGCAAACAGCCUGGCAAAAGCAGCGCACGCACGCCGACAGCCGCACGGGCAAGGUCCGGCGGCUGUUCCACCGCUUCUGCGGCACCGUCGACAGCCACAGCGACCUGCUCAAGCUCCUCCCCGACGGCAACGAGUACGUGUCGGUGUUUGCGGGGGCGCUCAGCGCGAUCGUGAAAGCCAGCGUCAACCACGAGCACGUCGCCGAGGGCCUGGCCGACUCGCUGUGCCGCAUCAACGACGCCGUGGCGCGCGUCCAGCCCGACCUGGAGCUGUUUGCGACGGACGAGACGCGCCGGCUCGUGGCGGAGCUGUACGCGCACGUCUUUCUGUUCCUGGGCGGCGUCAUGGACUGGAUCGGCGAGAGGCGCCGCAGGCGGCUGCUGGAUUCCUUCAGCUCGAGCCUCGCGGACCGCUUCGACGCCGAGGUGGCCAAGGUCGAGGCGCUGGCGGCGCGGGUCGCGCGGCUGGCGGCGCAGGCGGGCCGCGUCGAGGGCCGCGUCACCCGCGUCACGGUCGAGGCCAUCCGGGCCGACCAGCGCGUCGGCCUGAGGAGCAUCCAGAGGGCCCAGGUGGAGCUGGCCCACCGGCUCGAGAGGCAGCAGCGCGAGGCGAGGGACCAGCUCGCCGCCAGGGCCGGGGCGGAUCCCAAGGAGCUGGCGCGCUGUAUCGUGGAGCAGCUGGUGCAGACGGGGCUGGGGUAUUUUGAACAGAGCGGAUGGGGCAGGGCGGGUGGUGCAGUUGGAGGGGCGGUGGAGGAGCAGGAGCUGCUGAGCCCGCGGAGACUAGACGCUGGGGAACUAUCCAGGGAUGAAACCCGGGCCACCACCCCGGCCAUGACCACCUGCACUCGCGACGCUGUGGCGUUGCACACGGCAGUCUACGAGGACUAUUUCGACCGCACCCGCGUCCGCCUGCCCGGUGAUCUGUCCAACUCCCCAGUGACGGUACAAGCGUCGACGCUCGCCGCGCUGAGCGCCUGGACGGCGUCUCGGGAGCGUGGUCCCCUGUGGCUGGCGGGGCGGCCGUUUGUCGAGGCGCGAGACCUGGCGAACCCGCUCACCCGGCUCGCGGCCGCGUUCGUCGACCUUGCAGACAGGAGCGCCAUCCCCACCGCGUCGUACUUUUGCGAGCUGCGUCGGGACGGCCGGGGGCGACUGUCGGCCGAGGUGCGGGGCGCGUUGGCGCUGGCCUACGCGCUGAUCCGGCAGAUGGUGGAGCUGCUGCUGGUCGAGUUCGAGACGGCGGUCGACAUGUCGUCGGGGCGGUUGGCGCGGCUGGACGGGACGACGGGGACGUGGCAGGAGGUGGUGGUGUUGAUGGGGGAUUUGCUGGGCCUCAUGCCCGCGACCUUCUUUUGCGUGGUCGACGGGCUGCAGUGGCUGGACGGCCGGGACAGCGAGCGGUACCUGGCGGACGUGGUCGGGGUGCUGCGCAGACGGGGGGUCAAGGUGCUGUACACGACUACGGGGCGGUCAGGGGUUUUGGUAAAUGCGUUGGAGGCCGGGGAGGCGGUCGAGGUGCAGGUCAGGAGGCGGGGGGACGUGAGAAUAGGCGACGACUUGUGGGGGCAGGAUCAAGAUGGAAACGAUUCGGUUCGAUAACAACAAGAACUUUGCAGCCAGGUAAUAUGUACAAAGAAUUAGAAUUAAAUGUGUACACUAGGAAACCCGUAAUAUCAGGAUCCCCAGACCAAGUGAGAAUAUCCG